GACAAGCGCCGAAGGCAGCUGGCGCUGCCCGUCGUCGAGAAGGAGCUGCCGAGCGGCCAGCUGCGCCUCUCCAAGCUAGGGGUCACCGCCGCGGCCAAGGCACCCCCAUCGAAGGCCGCGGCGCAAGUCAGUGCCCGAGCCGAGCCCAAAGCCGCGGGGCCUGUCAGCGCCAAAGCCAAGGCCAAGACGCCAGCCGGCGCCCCGGACCAGCCAAAGGCCGCGGCGCCUUCCGCAUAUGCGAGGGCAGGGCAAGGCGCCGCGGAAGACAGCCGCGGCGAGGCCAAGACCGACGCGAAAUUGCAGAACGACUUCCAGAACCGCAUGCAUUCCCCGAAAACCCCAGCAUGG